AUGGCUCCUAAUCCACUCUUCGCACCCAUUGCGAAACAUCGUGUAACGGAGAGCACACCUGUCCGCGAGAAGGAUGAACUGGAUAUUGAACGCUGUGCCGCUCUGCACAACACUCUCACCUUAUACUCAUGGGUGUGCUCCGGUCGUCCAAUCCCAAGCAUGAAAAAGCAGUCCUGGUGGUCUCGCUACGGUUCUCAACCCUUGGAAGCCAUUGUCCAACCGGAGGUCAGAAAGUACUUGAGCAAGAUCUUCGAUGUUGAGGUCCCGGGGCAUCAAUCGAUCUUCUAUCAUCUCACUGGCCUGGCGCGACCGCAGCAGAUGUUCCAGCUUGGUGAUGUGCUGGAGGAUCAGGAGCAUGAUGUGAGUGCAGGGGACCGAGGCGAGAAGUACAGGUUCAUUGUCUUGUAUGCUGCCAGUAGGGCUUUGGUUAGCCAUCCGGCUGGGUUGGUCUACGACCAGCAGAAACAUCGAGCCAUCUUGAUGCCGACCUACCAUCAUAUCUUCGAUUUGUACACAGCAGACUUACCCUGGCAGAGGUUAGAAGUCAUACUGAGUGCAUACAUUGACAUGAUUGAUGCCGAGAAAGCUACAGCUAUACCAGAAAGCUGGCAUCCGGAUACUCUCGCUUCGGCUGCCGCAGCUGAAGCAGCAAUAGCUCGUGGCGAUACACAUAUGACGGUGCGUCCCAGCACGAAACCCUGGAUUCUGCAGCCGUACACACUGAGCGACCUUAAUAAUUGCCUUGAUGCCUGGAAACGCUUGAUCAAAGCUAUAGAGGAGAAAGCCGAUAUCAAACGCGACGCCGAGGCAAAUGUCGCACCGCUCUGUACCCGAUCGGCUCUAGAUGUAGCCGGCAUACCCAAAGGCUUUGCCUACGAUCUUCUGCUCCAUGCUCACAGUAGUGAGAUCUGGUUUGUAGCACCAGGCAUCCGCCUGCCAAAAGUCGAAGAGUUCAUCCAUCAACCUUUCCGACACAUACUAGAAGAGUAUCCAGACGAGACAAAGGAGAUGAAAAUGCCCUUCCUGUUCAUGCGAUGUCCUGGCACCGUCUCGGCCAAAGAAGCAAAAUUCCGCUAUCCCUUCUCCACAGUGGACUCGGUACCCUGCGGUCUCUACCUUGACGCCUUCCCCAACGCCCAGAACCCCUUCGAAGAUGCAUGUCGAUUCGUCCUUCCUAUCCGUCUUGGCUCGAACCGGUAUGCCAGGACCUCGGAUUUCAAGCCUAUUAGGCGGAGCUACUGUGAUUUGUAUCAGGUCGAUAUCAAUCCUUUUGUUAUGAGACAUGGGCCGAAACUUGUGGGUGUACUAGAGAAUUGGGCGGAGAACGUGGAAAACGGGCAUUGGGAGGUAAACGGUAAGGGCGUGGAAGGUGGAGUUGGGGUAUGGAGAAAAGCGGAUACGAGGGAGGACUGGUGGAGGUACCAAGGCGGCGUGAGACAUCUAUAUCUGUAG